AUCGAGCAGGAUGGAUUCAUUCAUAGGACAAGACCGGCUACCGUGCACCGUAAUACUAGCGAUCGUCCUCCGGCAUACCGUGAACGGACUUUAUGGAUUUAUAAUCGUUCGGUCGACGAGCGGAUAGCGGAGAAAACUAAGAGGAUUUUAAAGCCUGAACGAGAGGGACUUCUUCACAGACUGAAUUGGGACACUUUUCCCUAAACGCGGGGAACUGGAUUAAGAUUCUUCAUGCAACUUUUUUGGAAAGAAACAAAGAGCAUCUCGCCGGGGAAUAUCAAAAAGAUCUACAACGUAUCUCUUCUUUAGUAACCUUCUUGUGUGUGCCGCUGCCCUGCCGAUGCAGGUGACAUCCCGCUCUCUCCGGUAACUGCAGGUGUCUCGUUCUCUUUCGGUCCCCCCGGGGAGAUGUACCAAGGGUUCCCCGGCGACCCCGACACCGGAUCCCGUGGAAGCUCGUCUCCAUCCAUAGAGUCCCAGUACCUUUCCUCCGUGGACUCCUUCGGGAGCCCGCCGACCACCAGUGCUCCGCAGGAGUGUGUGUCAGCAGGCGCUGGCUUGAGCAUUGUGGGCAGCGGGCAAGGGACAAGCGCUGGAGGUGAGAUGCCCGGUUCAUUUGUGCCCACCGUCACCGCCAUCACAACCAGUCAGGAUCUGCAGUGGAUGGUGCAGCCGACCCUCAUCUCCUCCCAGGCCUCUGGACAGAGCAGCUCCACCGGCACCACAACCAUGACCCAACCGGUGUCGCUGGUUGACCCUUAUGACAUGCCGGGCCCCAGUUAUUCUUCGGGGUCUGGAUUCACCCCUCCGGGUUCUGAGACCCCGGGGCCGGCCCCCGGCCCCAUCCGCCAGUCCAGAACCCGCAGCCGCCGCACACGAGACGAGUCUGUGAGUGACGAUGGAGAUGUUGGUGUGUUACUGACACCUGAGGAGGAGGAAAAGAGGCGUGUGCGCAGAGAGAGAAACAAGCUGGCUGCUGCCAAAUGCAGAAACCGCAGACGGGAGCUCACAGACCGGCUGCAGUCGGAGACGGACAUACUGGAGGAGGAGAAGGCAGAGCUGGAGGCCGAGAUCUCCGAGCUGCAGAAGGAGAAGGAGCGCCUGGAGUUCGUCCUGGUGGCCCACCAGCCAAACUGCAAGAUCCCGUACCAGGAGCAGCCUCCGCAGGGCUCGUCGCAACUCCCUCCGGUGCAGUCCCAGCUCCCUCCCCAGACCCUACAACCUCCCGUCUCCAUUGUGGGCUUGACUGUGAAGGAAGACUCUUUCUAUCUUCCCCCCGCCUACACAGCCCAUCCGGCCUCCACACUGUCCCAGCCCCAGGUUCAGCAGCAGCAAGUCCAGCAGCAGCAGCAGCCUCAGCCAGGAUUAAUGCAGGAGGUAGAGUUUUCUAGUUCUUUCUAUGGCUCGAGUGAGCCGGCACCUGGUGGGCCAUGCCUCAUGGCCAGCGACAGUGGUGGUGGUGGUGUUAACCAUGAAGGUGCGGCCAUUGGCAGCUACAACACCUCAUACACAUCUUCAUUUGUGUUCACCUACCCAGAGGGAGCCUGCGGGGUCAGUGCCAACCAGCGGAACAGCAGUAGCGAGCAGUCGUCUGAUUCCCUGAACUCGCCUUCGCUGCUGGCGCUCUGACUGACCGACAGACACACGCACACACAUAUUGACCCCCACACACAUUAUCCUCGGAAGUAGACGGGCUGAGACGUUGAACACGCACGGUCUCGGUCUCACACGAUUGAGAAAACAGCCGACCGCUUGUUUCUGAUUGGGUUUUAAAGUUUACACACUCUGAAAUGCAUUUUUAAUUAAGAGCCAUACAAAUAGUUGCACUUCAGACCAAACCUUUAACAUUGAGCUUAAACGAGGAAGACAUUAUAGUUUUGUAUUGAACAGAAUACUUGCGACAGGACAAGAGAAGCGAAUAGGAACUGACUUUUAAAACCAAGUCCGUGUUGCAGAUCUUAAGUGCUCUGAAAUGACAGAUUAAUUCACACUGAAUUCUCUCAUCCUCAUACUCUCGUCGAGUAGGACACAACACGCUCACGCCACACUCCAACAGGUGUCCCCACCUUGUUCCCUCUGUCGGUCAGCCCUCCUCCAGUGCUCUUGCUCUCAUCCCUUUCCAUCCUUUUUCCUCCUCUCGCUGAAUGUAUUUGUGCAAAUAGGGACGAAGGACUUUUUUUUGUUCAGGGUCUUUUCCUGAGGGAGACAGAUCCCUCGCUCACCUCUAACGCUUCAUCCGCUCGACUUCUGCUUCUUCAUUUGCUGCUUUGGACUUUUCAAGUUGGGGAUCUGAGUGUCACAGCCUCCACUAAAUCUUGUGCUUUCUUCUCUCGUUUAUUUUUUUAAAAAAAAAUUCUUCUGCCGUCUGCCUACCUGCCAUGCGACCCAUCUCUACCCAUCUGUUUUCUCCUCUUCUGUCUCUAUGUUUCUCCUUCUCUCUGAAGUCUUCGACCCCCGAGAGCCCGAAGACCCCCUCCAGCCCUUGGGACCUUGAGUGAAAGUGGACCCUACUAAAAUGCCCUUUUUGCCACCCUGUCAUACAAGGACAAGGAUGCAACCCCCCAACCCCAACUCCCACCCCCCACCCCCCCAAAAAAAGAAGAACCUUUUCUUGGAGCACACUGCUCAAGUCCUUAUAGUGAACAGCAGCUAAAUACUCUUAACACGCACAUAGAUGCAAAAUUGAUGAACGCAAAAUCCAAGAUGGAUGCCACUGUCUUCUGCUGAGCCAUUUUUUUUCCAUGUUGUUCACACAAUGAAGAUCAGACACAAAGAGAGAAUGGAGGAGCAGAUUAAGCAGGAGUCGAAGAAGGAGGAGGAGGAGGAGGAACCAGGACAGACUCGUGAAGUCUACCAUCCUAGCCGAUUAUCUUUGGAACCAAAAGUUGAAAACAAAGAGCCAAAUGUUAAGAUAAAGCAAAAAAAAAAAAAAAUACAAAAAAUUAAAAAAAAUUAAAAAAAAAAAAGCAACAAAAGAAAAAAAUAACUCCUGCUCUUGCCAACCGUGUGGAUGGGUGACCUCAGUAAAAACACCUCCACACCGCAGAGCCUAAUCAGCCUGGGUCUACUCCCGUAUAUUCACACCAUUGCUUUUAAGCCUCUGAACUGAAGAUACUGACGUUUUUGUUGCUCCAAGUUUGCGCUCAGAAUCAAUCAGAUGUGAACCGAUGCCUUUACUUGGAGGAGAGACGUUUUUCGGAGUGAUUCAGACAACCUCUAAACACUGGGCUCAGAGGUCUUUGCGACCCCCCUGUUCUCUCGGCGGAGAGGAGGUGGUGGGGGGCGCGUUUAUUGUGAGUGUGUCCCACUCUGAGGCACCUGGCCCGUUUAUUUCUUUCUUUACUGAGGUUGACGCGGUGAGCGAGCACAAAGUUAAGACCUGGAAAACUGACGGGGAGAACGCGUGGGCUGAUGUCGUGGAGUGAGCGUCCUUUCUUUGCCUGUGAAUUUGUAAAACUUGUUUUCCCUGUACGUUUGAAUGACAACCGUUAUAUAUUUUAAUGUUUAUGUUUGUUUGUGCAUUUCAUUGUUUUGCAUUGACCUCUGCUUUCUCUUGUACUGUUGCCAUUCUUUGUUUAUUAUUAUUUUUUUUAUUAUUAUGAUUUAUUCGGGAGAUUUUCCAUAACUGCUACUAUUAUUAUUGCAUUGUAACUAUUAUUUUCAUUAUUUUAUUGUAUUUUCAUUUGGCAACUUUCGAGGCAUGUUGUGCACUACAAAAAAAAAAAAAAGUAAAUCUAAUUAUCUAUGAGUAUACAUAUACAUAUAUACAGGACGAAAAUGUAUAUGCAAGUGUAUGUACCAUGAUGAUGUAAAGUUUGAAUGUCUGCAGAUCUACAUGGGAUAUUUUUGUCAAUGAAGAACAAGAUGAAAUCUUAAAAAUUAAUAUUUUUCUAAAGGAACAAAAAAUAUAUAUAUAUAAAAUAAAUUUAAAGUACACCCCUGUCCCUCAACAUGAAGCACGAUGUCACUGCCUCGGUCAAUGUGUAUUUAUGUUUUAUAGACAAUAUAAGGCACUAUCUAAGUUACAUUAAAUGUAUGUUUUUAAUGAUGAUGUUAGAAGGUUGUGCUAAUGCCUCUGUUUUGUUUGUUUCUGUUUCUCUGUGAGGUCUGUCCCAAAGCUACUGACACCUUGACGCCACUUAAUGCAAAAUGAGGAAAAAAAAAAAACAACAGCGUGUGAUUGAAUGUUACUAUAAAUAUUAAAAGUGUAAAGUGUUUAGACGACAACCUAGCGACUAAACUGUCUCAUUUUAAGGACAUAGUAGUUACUCUGUAUGCAUUUCUGUCCAGUACAAUCACAUGACUUAACAGCUCUGAUAGUUACAGAAAUAUGUGUGGGAAGGUUGACCGCGGUGUGAGCCUUCAUCGACGGAUAUCAUCAUGCUAAGGUUUUAUCCCUAUGUUGUCCGAUUGAAAAUAUGAACCUUGUGAAUGUAUUUGCUGGAUAAGAAGCUUUAUUUUCAACAAAUAAACAUGUUUAUUCAAAA